AUGCCGCUGCCAGAACUGCACGAUGCUCCCAACGAGGUUAUUUAUGAGAUUGCAGGAUAUCUUGACCCAACGGAUCUUAAUUCAUUCCUCCGGUGCAAUCGACAUUUAGCGCUUCUCCUGGGGCCAUGUCUGCAUAAGAUUGCCCUGUCACCAAAGAAUGGGCACUCGGCGCUCUUUGAAGCGGCAAUGCGGUUUAAAUACAAAUUAGUCGAAUACAUAUUAAAGAACCAAGUUGACGCCGAUAUUAAUAUGGAAGGAUUACCCAUGAAUUUUCCAGUAUUCGAAUCCUGGCCCGGCUCUGUCGCCGACUGCACGACAUCUCUUCUUUGCUGUGCUGUGAGAGAUCACCAUUUUGGAACCAUCAAGACUUUGGUCGAGAAAGGUGCGCGCAUACCGACCCAGCAGGAGCACGAACGAGUAGGAAUGAUUGAAAUCCGUGACGAGCAACUUUUCGAGUAUUUACUGGACAGUGGAUUCCCAAUGCCUGGAUAUGCGCUUCAUUCUAUUAUCUAUUGGGAUAUUGGUCCAUAUGACAAACGCAUCUAUCUCGAGAAGGGUGCCGAUAUCGAUCAGAAACGGCCAUACGGGGAUGGGGACACCCCACUUAACUAUGCAGCAUACCGCAGAAGAGAUAAAAUAGUCACGAUGCUCCUUGACCAUGGCGCCGAUGUUAACGCAGUAAAUAAAAUGGGGCACACACCACUUCUUUCAGCUGUGAUGAAUCAUUACGAUGACCGACGUUAUUUAUACGACCACUACAAGUCUCGGUAUUUAGAUGUUGUCCGUGAGAGAGCAUGGUUUCAUGUGGAGCGUGCUACGUGGGAGGACUUGGAGGCGGUAUAUCCGGAGCGAGGCGAGUCAAUAGUGCGGCAACUCUUGGACCGUGGUGCCAAUAUAAAUACUCGCGCUCCUGAUGGUAAAACUGCAUUACACAUCCCUACUAUCUCAUUAGGCAAGGAUGGAAGCACUGGCCUUUUGGGAAUUCUUCUGCAGAACGGUGCUGAUAUCGCGGCCGUUGAUAAUGAAGGGUUGACAGCCCUCUAUUAUGCAGUGGAAAGCGCUUGCACGGAGGCUGUUAGUAUUCUGUUAGCAAAUGGAGCAGACCACAGUGUUUAG